CCAGCCUGCCUAUAGAGCCUCGGUCUGGACUACACGCAGACUGUUCCGGUUGUGUUCGGCGUGCAGGAGGAAGCACCAUGCUCCGUACCGUGUUUUCUCGGGCUCUCCCCGGACUGAGUCGCCUGUCGGUCUGUCACUACUCCGCUGCGGCCAUCCCAGUCCCCAACACCCAGCCCGAGGUCCACUACAACAAGCUGUUCAUCAACAAUGAGUGGCAGGAUGCAGUGAGUGGGAAAACCUUCCCUACCAUCAACCCGGCCACCGGUGAAGUGAUCUGUCAAGUUGCAGAGGCUGACGAGGCAGAUGUAGACAAGGCGGUCAAGGCAGCACGUGAUGCCUUCAAGUUGGGGUCACCGUGGCGACGGAUGGACGCCUCUCAUCGGGGCCUGCUGCUCAGCCGAUUGGCCGACGCCAUUGAGAGGGAUGCAGCCUACCUUGCUGAGCUGGAGACCCUUGACAACGGGAAGCCAUAUGCUGCUUCCUACACCGUGGAUGUGCCCAAUGUGGUCAAAUGUCUCAGGUACUAUGCAGGCUGGGCUGACAAAUGGGAGGGAAAGACCAUUCCCAUCGACGGAGAUUAUUUCUGCUACACCAGACACGAACCCAUCGGAGUCUGUGGACAGAUCAUACCGUGGAACUUCCCUCUGUUGAUGCAGGCCUGGAAGCUCGGCCCUGCCCUGGCGACCGGUAACACUGUGGUGAUGAAAGUUGCCGAGCAGACUCCACUCUCAGCUCUCUAUAUAGCCAGCCUGAUUAAAGAGGUGGGUUUCCCUGAAGGUGUUGUGAACAUCCUUCCCGGCAUGGGACCAACAGCUGGUGCUGCCAUUGCAAAGCACAUGGAUAUCGACAAGAUUGCCUUCACUGGAUCCACAGAGGUGGGACAUCUGAUCCAGCAGGCUUCAGGCAGCAGCAACCUGAAGAAAGUCACUCUGGAGCUGGGAGGAAAGAGCCCUAAUAUCAUCCUGUCUGACGCCAACAUGGCAGAAGCCGUGGAGCAGUCCCACUUCGCCCUGUUUUUCAACCAAGGCCAGUGCUGCUGCGCCGGCUCUCGAACGUACGUCCAGGCAGACAUCUAUGACGAGUUUGUGGAGCGGAGUGUGGAGCGAGCUAAGAGACGAGUGGUGGGAAAUCCCUUUGACUUAAAGACCGAGCAGGGGCCUCAGAUUGACCAGGAGCAGUUCAACAAGAUUCUGGGCUACAUCAGCAGUGGGAAGAGAGAGGGAGCCAAGCUGAUGUGCGGAGGACAAGUGGCUGCAGACAGAGGAUACUUCAUCCAGCCCACUGUGUUUGGAGGAGUCCAGGACAACAUGACCAUCGCCAGGGAGGAGAUCUUCGGUCCAGUGAUGCAGAUCCUGAAGUUCAAAACAAUGGAGGAGGUGGUGACGAGAGCCAACGAUUCUAAAUAUGGUCUAGCAGCCGCUGUGUUCACGAAGGACAUCGAUAAGGCCAACUACGUCUCCAAUGGACUCCGUGGUGGCACAAUCUGGGUUAACUGUUAUAACGUUUUUGGGGCUCAAGCUCCGUUCGGAGGUUACAAGGCGUCAGGUAACGGCAGAGAGCUCGGAGAGUACGGACUGGAAAACUACACUGAAGUCAAGACGGUGACCAUCAAGGUACCACAGAAGAAUUCUUAAACCUGUGCAUCACGCCCGCCCGCCCGCCCAGUCUGCAGCUGGUAGCUAUCAACCAAGAAGCAGCUGAGAGGAGACACUAACCCGAGAUACUGCUCUGCGAUCUGUCGUGUAGUUCUACUGCUUCCUGUCACUACAUGCACAGCACAUCCCCCACUGAAGCAGGGAGGAGUCCCUCUUCUUCCAGCUUGUGUGGAGCCUUUGUUGCCGAGUAAAUGUUGCUUAACAUUUACAUCUUGAGUAAAUCCAAAUUUCACAGCUGAAAAUUACAAGUAAAUUUGACCACACGACUGAUGUUGUCUCAAAGACCAGAGUCUAGAAAACUGUGUUCUUGACUGUUCUCUCCAUACAGUACAGUUUCCCUUCUGAUUUUGAGUUGAAUCAUAAAAAGUCACAGUCUCUGUUUGUAAUCUGUGGACUCUAAUGAUUUUUCAGAAUAAAUGCUUCAGUGAAAAUGUC